AUGAUGUACGCAAAGCGUCCGGCCUUCUCAUUAACAAAUGGCAGAACGCGCAAGGGAAAGGGGGAGGGCAAAGACGUGAAAGACGGCAGAAAGCUAGAGAAGGAGCAGCCGCAGGCUGUGCGAAGCAAGUCUCUGGCAGAGCUGCUCGAAGAAGAGGAGUCUGGCCACGGACCCAAACUGGAAGAGGCGUUGCUGGCGGUUUUCCGGCUGAUCGACGCCGAUAAUGGCGGCUCCAUCUCUAAGCUUGAGUUCAUUGGAGCCGUGUACCGACAUGCAUUAGUUGCCUCGUUUGUUUUGCAAGGUCACGGUUUGUGCCCUGAGUUGCAAAGUGACUCAAGCGGUCAAGUGGCAAUAAAUGAGCAGAGCUUCGAUGCAGUGGACGAGGUCUUCGACAGCAUGUCUGGCGGAAGCGCGAGGGUCAGGUACCCCGAGUUUGCAGCUUACUUCCGCAGAGUAGCAAAUGUGUGUCUCGCAGCACAGACAGAGGAAAAAGGCAUGAAGGAUGUCUUUGGCUCCAUUGAUGCUGAUGCAAAUGGAUCUUUCUCGAAACUGGACAUGGUGGCAGCGAUGCAGAGCAAUGCACGCGUGGCCUCCUACUUGUUGCCGGGUCUGGAUGCGCGGAAAGUCUUGGAGGAUGAACGUAGCUAUGAUGCGGUUUGUUCGCUGUUUGAUCACAUGGCUGCAGGUAGGCAGGGCGUGCAAUGGCAGGAUUUCAAGACUUUCUGCCUGCACACACGCUUCCAGAAGGCAUGGGAUUCCAGCCCCUCCACCACAUGCUCCAGCCCGGGCUCCAGCCCCCUCAGCGCUGGAAGCAGCCCAUCCUCUGAUGAGAGGUCCAGUGCGAGAAUCCUGGUUAUAGCACCGGGUUUUGGCAGGGAGCGCCAUCCCCAACAAGCAGCCCUGCUGGCGAACGCAGGCUUCCAGAUUCACUGGUGCAGGGACCUGCCCGAGUAUGCAGACGAAGGUGCUAGGUUGACCUACCAUGCCGUGGCGCCCUACUUAAACAAGAUAAGGGAUGAGAUCGUGAGCAUUCAGCCCCGAGUUGUGCUUGCAGCAUCGCAAGGUGGAGCAUACUUGGUUGGCUUAUGGCAGCUGGGGUAUUGGAAUGGCCCCUCUGUGAUGCUCAAUGCACAUCCCAGCCUACCGAUGCGCUUGCCAGCUGCAGCCUCUAUCGUCGUGGCGCACGGCUCCAACGACGAGGCCUACCUCUGGAUGCGUGGUGAUCUAGAGGAGCUGAUGACUACGGGCCCCCCAAACCGGAGUCUCCUCUACUACACUGGCAAUAGUGGCUAUUUGGCCUCUGGCUCGCUUACGCGGCUUGGGGAUCGACAUGUGAUGGCAUCCAUUUUGCAGAACCGUACUCUUCCAAGGCUCGUGGAUGCGGCCUUGAGUCCAAUGGGCCCCGAGAUGUACCUGCUCCAGUCCUGGCGCAGCCAGCUUAGUGACGCCCGCUUGGAUGCGCAGCAUUGGCUCGGGUACUCCCUGGAACGGCUGCGCCGUUUGUGGGCCUCGCCUGGCCGCCAGGGCAGGGAUGGCUCGUCCCUCUUCCAGGUGCAACCCAACAGCGAGGAGUUCCGGCGUGUGGCGACCAUCUUCCGAGCUGCGCCUCCCGAGCCCCCGGCCUACAUGCUCUCCUCCCAGCAAAGCUGGGAACGGCUUCCCAUUCACAAGAUUGAGCGGGUGGAGAAUGGAGGUCAGAUGGAGUGUAGCACUAUCCCUUACAGAGAUGGCCUCCGCAACUCUUUGCGGGAGCAGGGUGUCGACUUUGAUCCCAGCAUUCAUGCUUGUUGGGCUUUCCAUGGAGCCGACCAAGAGUCGCUCCUGUCAAUCAUCAGGGAUCCAGUCUCUGGAUUUCAGCCCUUGAUUUCGGGAAGCCGCAACUCACCAGUUUGGGGCUCCGGCACCUAUUUUGCCAGGGAUGCCAAGUACGUAGCAGACGGACAGUUCUGCCCACGGCGAAGGGAUGGCUCCAGAUGUAUGCUGCUUUGCCUGGUCAUGCUUGGAAUGCCGUGUCUCGGGGAUCCGAACCAGAAGGGCGUUCUCCCCUUCCGGCAGAAGCCACAUCGAUACAACUCGGCUGUGGACUCCCUCUCGAGCCCAGAGGUGUACGUCACACAGGUGGUGGGUGCUGCUCAUCCGGCAUAUCUCAUCACUUUCGCAUGA